AUGGCAUUUCCAUCGCGGGCAGCUCUGCUCUUCGUGGGGGUGCUCGUGGUGUUGGCGGCGCCAGCGGUGGUAGUGGGAGCGGGAGGAGGGAGCGUCUGCUUCGACCGGGUGUUUAGUUUCGGGGACUCGCUCACGGAUACCGGCAACUUCCUACUCUCCGUGCUCGACGACUUCUCGGACCCCACGCGGAACCUCCCCUCCGGCUAG